UUCAUUUUUCUUGUAAUAUUUCUUGACUUGUUUACAAUUGGGUUAACCUAAAAUCUAUACGAGAUGCGCUGUUGACACAUUUUCUUCAACUGCAAUAUUUUAACAAGUGAAUAAUUAUGAUCUUAAAACUUGAAAGUAUGAAUAACAAAACAAUUUUUUAGUAAGAGAUAAAUUAAUAAUUUAAGUUGUUUUUGGAAGUACAAUUAGUUUAUUUGUUCAAAAUAAAAUAAGUGCGGCAACGAUGCAUAAAAAUGUGAAGUGCGAAGAACCAGUGCGGACAACACAACAGGUCUUAACUCCCUACGUUUCUUUCACUUUUCUUUGUUAGAAAAUGUGAAACUGGAAAAAAAUUAGAUUAGUUUCGUGGUCGAGCGAUGUGCGGAUGGUAGGUGUCGGGCGCGGUAAGUGCACCUCGCGUCUAAAAAUACCCAUUAUGUAAAAAGCGUGCGUCGAAACUGCGAUCGAAUCUCACGCCCACCGAAUUGUCAAUUUGACACAAGUUAGAUGCGAACAUCCGUAACUAAACACGGGACAGUUUAGGCAAUGGUCGUAGUAAGUGGGAGUUGGGCAAAAUAUGCGGUCAAAUACCCAACCCCCGCGGCCAACAACGACAUGGUGAUAAGCGGCGAGGCACCAACGAUGGCGGCGAAGGCAGUGCUCAUUUGCCGACAGAACUCACACCAUUUCAACGAGAGAACUCUGACCCUCGAUCAGCCCGUCAAGAUUGGACGGUCGGUCGCCAGGGCGAAGGCUGCCUCCAACAACGCGAUCUUCGAUUGCAAGGUGUUGUCUAGGCACCACGCACUUCUCUGGUACAAAGACGGGAAGUUCUACUUGCAGGAUACGAAGAGCAGCAAUGGCACGUUCGUGAACAACAUACGUCUGACUGCGGAAAGCGAAAAUCACGAGGUCAGUUCCGGGGACAUCGUCCAGUUCGGCGUCAACGUCGUCGAGAAUAACAGACAGGUGACGCACGGAUGCAUCGUCGCGACGCUCCGUCUCUAUUUGCCGGACGGCAAGGAGGCGAAAGCCAGCCCCACGAUCACCGAGGGCGAUAGGCUAGGUUCGGUGCCGUUGGACGACUUGUACAAACUUAACCAGGUGAUCCAGGAGGCGAAACAGCGUGAGCAAUGCCUCGAAAUGAAACUGGCGGCGAUGCAGCAGAUCGUCGACGAAACGAAGAAAUCGGCAGACAAAAGCUGGCAAGCUUAUGUAGGGGAAGAACGGUUGCUGAGCCGCGUCUCCACCCUCGAAAGUCAAUUGCAGCAGGCCAGCAAAAAUUUUGGCGAAGAUCGUAUCAGGGAAGAACUGGCUAAAGUCCAGAAGUUGAACGAAUCGUAUCAGGUUUCUGCCAAGGAGACACUCGAAAAACUGCACGCGCAACGGCUGGAAGCGAUGGCCUCGGCCACGGAACAAGAGAGGGCACGGAUUUCUGCCGAACAAGAGACGUUGUUGGUCAGGCAACAACUUACGCAGUCACAAUUUGAACUUGAGGAGGUCGCCCAGAUAUUGACGGAGCAACAGAAAAAAGCAGAAGAAGAGCGGCAAAUGAUGCAAAAACGAAUCGACGAGUUGGAAAAUAAGCUUGCUGAAACUGAACGGAUGCAUGACUUGCUCAAAGAAACGAAUGCUUUAAUGGAUGGCGAGGAGAAUAAUAAAUCGAGCCUUAUCUAUAAUGAUUUGAAAAUGAAGGAGGAUCUGUUACUCGCCGAAAACGAGGAAGGAAAAACGGACAAACGAUCGAACGGAAUACAAAAUCAUAUCACUUUAUCUGUUAGACCAGUAGAAGAUGAAAGCCAAAAAGAAAAAGCGGACCAACAAAACGAACAACACGAAACGCCAGAAACCGAUGUUGAGACCCUCGAAGUUAAACAUAAACAUGUCCACUUCAACCUUCCGGAAGACACGACAGUUGAAGGUGAAAGUGGAGGUGACACAACGGACGAGGAGUCUCUAGUCGGAGAUACACAAACAAUCAGCGACACGUCGGAAAAAGGUGACUACGUCGAUUCUCACACUUUAAAAUACCAGUUCCAGUCGGCACAAAAUGAGCUAAAGCGUAAAAUAGAAGUAUUGGAAGCACUCUCUAACGUGAACAAGAUAAAAUUAACAGAACUGACGAACGAACUUAGCGAAGAAAAGGAAAAAAGUAUGAACAGAUUGCGAGAGAACGAAUCGUUGAAGGAGGAACUGUCGCAGUUUGAACAGAAAUGGAAGGAGAGCUGCAACGAGAGUCAACAGUUGCGGGACAAGGUGGAAAGUCUGUCCGCGAAACUCGAAGAGAAGUCGGAUAGCAAUGAGAGACUGGUAACGUUCCAACAACUGGUGGAUGUGGAAGAGGAGCUAGUGUUGCUCAAGGAGCGGUUCGCCAAGAUCGGCGACGAGAAGCUGAAACUACAGCACGAGCUUUACAGCCUGACGGAACAGUACAAAGUGGUGUGCAAUAGGUCGUACAACAAACAUUUUUUCUAUAUCGCCCCGCUGGUCAUAAUGGUGUUAUAUUUGUUGAUCAGCGCGAUGAUUUCCUGAUUCACGGCGAUCCUUUUGAUUUUUUUUUAUUUCUUUUUCGAGUUCUUACUGAAAAUCAUCAAUGCGACGUAACACACGAAUUUACGACUGACGCGUGGACGUUUUGAUAAUUGAUAAUAAUGUAUAUAAAUAUUUAUUCGCAACGGUUUGUUGGGUGUCCGUUUUAGCUGGGCAGAAUUUCUUUUGUCUUUAUAUUCUUUAUAUGAGACACAGGAAAUAUUUAAUCUUAUUAUAAAUAUACUUAUAUCAGAUGCGAUGUUCUUGUUGCGCAAUUAAAGUGGAUACUCAACAGACUCGUAAAUUAACACAAGAGCACCAAAUGAGAGGGGUAAUAGUAAUAUAGAAGUGUGCAUUUUUGUUGAAUGUUUAUACAUACAUUUGUUGAUAUGCUUAGAAAUGUAAAUUUGUUUAAUAUAUAUAGUAAGAACGAUCCUAAAUGAUUUUAAUCAAAAAGUUUAGUCCAAUUUACAUAUAUCGACUCGUGGACGAGAGUACAAGCUUGUUUUUUUUACUAUUUAUUUUAUUUUAUAUUCAUAUGCCAUAUUUUGUAUAUUGUUUCUAAUUCUUAAAGUAAUUAAAGCCCUAGAUUUUCGAUUUUUGCCUUUUUAUAUCUUCACACCGAAUCGAAGCACGUACACAUAUAUCAUUAGUUAAAUUCGAAUUCUGUUUGCUGUGAAGUUGUGAAACGGCUCAGAUUGGCGUGCACAAAGUUUUCGAAAGGUUUAUGCGAGUUUAUAAUAAAUAAUUGGUAAUAACAAUGUGAUUCAAACUAAAUAAAAUUGUACAAACUAGUAAACGAAUCUGUUAUCUGCCAAAAUUAAUUUCUAGGGAAAUUACUACUGGAAGUUGUUUUUGAUGCAGAGUUUAUUUGUAGUGAGAUUAUUUAUGUAUUAUUUGUCCAUUAUUUUUAUUAUAUUAGAAUUUGUAUAGUUAAUUUAAUUUUUAUAGUAGUUGUAUAUGAACAUUAUAUGGUGUAUUUAAAGAAAAUUAAUAAAAUCAUACACAUUUUAA